AUGAAGGCUGCCCUCCUCCUCUCCGCCCUCGCCUCUGCCGCCAUUGGCGUUGUCGCCGAGGAGCUCAAAAUUGACGUUACUCUUCCCGUCGUCUGCGACCGCAAGACAAAGAAGGGAGACAGGGUUCAAAUGCACUAUCGUGGCACCCUUAAGGACUCAGGCAAACAAUUCGAUGCCAGCUACGACCGUGGCACUCCUCUUGACUUCGUCGUUGGCUCUGGUCAGGUCAUCAGGGGAUGGGACGAGGGUCUUCUCGACAUGUGUAUCGGCGAGAAGCGACUUUUGACUAUUCCGCCUGAGUACGGCUACGGUCAGCGAGCCAUUGGCCCUAUUCCUGCCGGUUCUACCCUGGUUUUCGAGACAGAGCUCGUUGGAAUUCAAGGCGUACCCAAGCCCGAGAAGAUCGAGACAAAGGUUGUCGAGGGUGCCGAGACUGCCGCCGAGGCUAUCAGUGAGGCUGUUGAGUCUGCCGCAUCUGCCACCAAGAAUGUUGCUGGUAAGGUUGCUCAGGCUGUCGUCGAUGCUGCUGAUGCCGCCAAGACCAUCAUUGCAGACACCGAUGACGCUCCUGAGCACGAGGAGCUGUAA